AUGAUGAUCAUACUGAAAUUUUAUACACAGUCAAUGAUCUUUGCAGUCCAACAGAUUAAUCAGGAUCCAGUAUUAUUGCCAAAUAUCACACUGGGGUUUAAGAUCUCUGAUUCAUGUGAUACUGUGAGCCAAGCCCUGGAAAGAAUAAUGUGGUUUCUUACUGGACAAGAUGUACCAGUCCCUAACUACAAUUGUAAAUCAAAACCUCCUUUAGUGGCCAUACUUGGGGAUGUCCGGUCACAUCUGUCUAUUCCAAUGGCAAGACUUCUAGGCAUUUACAAACAUCCACAGAUCAGUUAUGCAUCCUCUGUUGUGGCACUAAGUGACAAAAAGGAGUUCCCAUCCUUUCUCCGUACAAAUCCUAGUGAUGACUUUCAGUCUCGGGGCAUUGCCAAAUUGCUGACAUACUUUUCCUGGAUAUGGGUUGGCAUUUUGGCUGAGGAGACCAACUAUGGGCAGGCUGGAAGUCAAAUGCUAAAGGAAGAAAUGCUUAAAGUCGGUGCUUGUUUAUCAUUUAUGGAAACAGUUCCCAUUGCAUUUUCUCUUACAAAAACUAACUACAUAGUUAACAUGAUCAAACAUUCCUCUACUAAUGUAAUAGUAGUCUUUGCCAGUGUGAGUGUUUUAUAUCCGGUUGUUGAGACCUUCGUUAAGAAUGGGAUAACAGGUAAGGUCUGGAUAGCAAGUGAUGGUUGGUCAAUAACUAGCGUAUUUAACAAGAAUGAGCUUCUGGAAAUGUUAGAUGGCACUCUUGGAGUUUCUAUCAUCAAUGGUUAUAUACCGAAGUUUAAGGAAAGCUUUCAUAGCAUUAAUCCAAGGAAAACUCCAGAGGACAUAUACCUUAAAAUGUUCUGGGAAAAACUUUUUGCAUGUGAAUGGAAAAGUGAUAGUAAUAACCAGUCUAACAGCAGUCCCAAAGAAGGAGGUAAAUUCUGCAAAGGAGAUGAAAAUUUAGAAGAAGCAAGCAGUCGCUUCUUUGAUGAAAGUAAUGUUAGAAAUGAGUAUAAUAUCUACAAUGCUGUAUAUGCUCUAGCACACUCAUUACAUAACCUGCAUUCAUGCAAGCCCCCAGAUGGGCCCUUUGUGAAUGGAUCUUGUGUGGACAUAAUGAACCUUCAACCUUGGCAACAAAUGGCCAUCAUCAGCGUUUGUGCCAUCACAUUUGAAAACAGUGUUAGUAGUACAACAGGUAGAAUAAUUUUGGUGCAGAAGGCUAUUGCUUCUCUUCUUACAUCAUGUGGAGUGUUGAUUGCAGUGCAGUGGCAUCGCAUCCAAAGGAGGACACAGUCAGGAAUGCAGCACCCCCAAUGCAAAGGUAAACUGUUGCUGGAAGAGCUAAUUCAGUCGGGAGAUUUCAAAGUUCAGGUGAUUGGAAUGGAGGCUACAGCAUGUAGAAGUCAGUCAGAACUUGCUGAAAUUUCCAACACGAAUAAACACAGCAGAGUAACAAGUGCAAGUGAGACACAGCAAAAAAAAAAUACAAUCACAGAUUCACUGCUGCACUAUCUUUGGAGAGUUCAUUUUCAGACUACUCUUGGAAAUGAAAUGUAUUUUGAUUCAAAUGGAAAUCCUCCUGCAAUUUAUGAUAUUUUAAACUGGAAGAAAAUGGAAAAAGGAACACUAUUGAUUUCUAAGGUUGGGCGCAUUGAUUUUACUGCAUCGUGGGAUCAGAGUCUCAUAAUAAACAGCAGUUCUGUUCAUUGGAAUGGGGGUUCCACACAGAUUCCCAAAUCAGUCUGUUCUGAUAGCUGUCUCCGAGGCUACAGGAAAGCUACUAUACCAGGGCAACCAAUUUGUUGCUUUGCUUGCAUUUUAUGUUCUGAAGGAGAAAUUGCCAAUGAGAGUGAUUCCGCAGAGUGUUUCAAAUGUCAAGAUGAUUUCUGGCCUAAUGAAGGACGUGACACUUGCCUUGUUAAAUCUGUGAACUUCCUGUCCUAUGAAGAAACACUGGGUGUGGUUUUACUCUGUGCAGUUAUAUUUAGUGCACCAAUUCCUGCUGGCAUCCUCAUUAUAUUUCUGAAGAAAAGGGACACACCAAUAGUGAAAGCAAACAAUCGAGAAUUAAGCUACCUUCUCCUGUGUUCACUUGUCCUUUGUUUUCUCUGUCCUCUAAUCUUUAUUGGAUACCCCAAUCACUUUAUGUGCUUGUUCCAACAAGCAGUGUUUGGUAUGAUUUUUACACUGUGUGUCUCUUGCAUUUUGGCAAAAACCAUAAUGGUUGUAAUUGCAUUCAGAGCUGCAAAACCAGGCAACAACCUGAAGAAAUGGGUUGGCACAAAACUGCCAAAUACAUUGGUCAUUGUAUGUACAUCAUGUCAAAGCCUCAUCUGUAUAACAUGGCUGAGUAUAUCACCUCCGUUUCCAGAAAAAAACAUGACAUUACAACUAGGGGUGAUAAUAUUACAGUGUAAUGAAGGAUCACUUAUUGCAUUCUGGUGCAUGAUGGGAUACAUGGGUCAUCUGGCCAGCAUUAGCUUCAUAGUGGCAUUUCUAUCCAGAAAUUUACCAGACAGCUUUAAUGAGGCAAAAUAUAUCACUUUUAGUAUGCUUAUAUUUGUAAGUGUCUGGUUGUCAUUUAUCCCUGCUUAUCUUAGCACCCGUGGGAAGUAUAUGGUUGCAGUAGAAGUGUUUGCUAUUUUAUGUUCCACUCUAGGUUUGCUGUCAAGUUUAUUUUUUCCAAAGUGUUACAUAAUGCUAAUAAGGAGUGAAAAAAAUACUAAGGAAUUUGUGAUGGGGAAAAAAUGA